CACCAUAGAAGGAAAGGUUCGUUUUCUGCCGCCCGGCCCACCCCGCAUUUUGAGCCUCACCCGCCCUGCUCGGCCUCGGAGGAAUUAGGUGAUCAUUCAAUGCGCGUCUCGGCAUGGGGGGGCCCUCUAGGCCCCGACUUACGAUCGCAUUUAUAAGGACCACAGAAGAGCUCAUAUACGAUAGUCUGUUUCCCCCGCGUCAACACCUACCACCACACAGAAAACCAUGACCGUCCGCGCCCCCCGCCCCACCGUCGCCGGCCCCGAAUUCGGCCCCGAGUCUCCCUUCCCGCUGCGCCUCUCCGGGCCCGUAAUCAAAGGCUUCGGCCGAGGCUCCAAGGAGCUGCAGAUCCCGACCGCCAACAUUCCCAUCUCCGGCCUGUCGGUCGGCGGGUGCUCCGAAAUCGAGUCGGGCGUGUACUUCGGCCUCGCAUCGCUCAAUCUUCCCGCCACCGAUACGCGGCCGAAGGUAUUUCCAAUGGUCAUGUCGAUCGGUUGGAAUCCAUUCUACAGGAACGCCGUCCGCAGCGUCGAGGUGCAUAUCAUCCACGACUUUGCGGAGGACUUCUACGGCGUUGAGAUGCGGCUACUGGUGCUUGGGUGGAUUAGACCCGAGCUGGACUACGUCUCUAAGGAUGCGCUUAUUGAGGACAUCAAAACGGACAUCCGUGUUGGGCUGGAGAGCCUCAAGAGGGAGACGUAUAAGAAGUUCGAGAGUGAUCCGUAUCUUUUUGAGUUCGGGGAUGCGGGGGUGAAGGAGGAGAACGGUGAGAAGUUGUGAGAUGGGGGGAUGAGGGAUCCAUGGUGUAGGAUAUGCUUCAUUUUCUUGCGUUUACACUUAGAAAUUUGGUAUUUGUUUUUGGGUUUCUCGCUGCUUCGAUACUGUGUCCGCGGGUUUUAGGCUAUGGGAUUGGCGUAUAGUUUUGGAAUCUCAUGUAAAUUCACUUGAUCUCAUUGAAGCAAUUUCGUGACGACGGAUUGG